GAAAAAUACACAAAAAAGUUACAUUUGCAAUUGUAUUUAGUUAACAAUUCAUUUUGUAAUUGCCGUCACAAUAACAAACACAUUGCCGGGAUGUUUUUAUUGGCUCUUUGUCUACUUCCGGUAGUAUUUUCGGCGCCUGUCGCUCAAGAAGAGAAACGAUGGCUGUUUAGUGGAUUUAACGUUAGUUCUCUUUUUGAUCUGGACGCAUUGAAGUGUGACGUACAGAUUAUCCUGGAUGUUCUAGGAAAAGAUCCAAGUGAACACGCAUGUGAGGCUGAAUGUUAUAAGAUAGUACAAGAUGGUAGCGCUCUCACCUAUGGUUGUCCACUGGUGUGCCAUUCCAUUCAAAACCUUGCUCAUUACUUCCACGAGACUCCUAAGCCUGGGGAUGCCAGCAUGCCGUGUGGAGGACUUAAUAUUCUUGAUCUUUUUGGACGAAAAUAAAGACGACGUUCUGAUGCAAAAUUACUAUUCAAAUACACAUGUACACACAAAUAAAAUAACAACAAAAUUUUA